GUUUGUAAAAGCGGCGCAUUCACUGUGCGCUACAGAGCGGCUCGUGUUUUUGGAGAAAGACGGCUUUUCUUACAGUAAGGAGCAAGAUGGAAGAAUUAACAGGAGCUCAGGUUAUCGCUGAGGCGCUGAAGUCUCAGAAUGUGGAGUACAUGUUUGGCAUUGUCGGUGUGCCCAUCAUUGAGGUGGCCAUGGCUGCUCAAGCUGCUGGUAUCAAGUAUGUGGGCAUGCGCAAUGAACAAGCAGCCUGUUAUGCUGCUUCUGCCAUUGGAUAUUUGACAGGGCGUCCAGCAGUGUGUCUGGUUGUGUCUGGACCUGGACUGAUCCAUGCACUUGGUGGAAUGGCCAAUGCCAAUGAGAAUUGCUGGCCUGUGAUAGUAAUCGGAGGCUCCUCUGAUCAGAAUCAGGAGACCACUGGAGCAUUUCAGGAGUUCCCUCAGGUAGAAGCCUGUCGCCUUUACAGCAAGUUUUCUGCUCGUCCGAGCAGUCUGGCCAUGAUCCCAGCUGUAGUUGAGAAGGCCAUAAGGAGCAGUAUUUAUGGUCGUCCAGGAGCAUGCUACAUAGACAUCUCUGGAGACAUGGUGAAUGCCAGAGUGGACCGGGACAGUGUCAGGUUUGUAUGCUGCUGCCCCCCUCCUCCAGUAAGCUUGGCUAGCAGCACAGAGAUCUAUGUGGCUGUUCGAGUACUUAAACAGGCCCAGAAACCACUAAUCAUCAUUGGGAAAGGUGCAGCGUAUGGCCGAGCAGAGAAGGAGAUUAAAGAGCUGGUUGAACUGAGUGGACUGCCCUUUCUACCGACUCCGAUGGGGAAAGGAGUCCUUCCUGAUGACCAUCCUAACUGUGUAUCUGCUGCCAGAUCAAAAGCUCUGCUGCAGGCAGAUGUGGUGGUGCUGCUGGGGGCCAGACUCAACUGGAUCCUGCACUUUGGCUUCCCUCCCAGAUUCAGCCCUCAUGUGAAAGUUAUUCAGGUGGAUUUGUGUGCGGAGGAGUUGAGUAAUAACGUCAGAGCAGCAGCCGCACUGCUGGGUGAUGUGAGGGCUGUGGUGGGCCAGCUGGUUGAAAGUUUGAGGUCAGACAGGUGGAGAUACCCAUCAGACACUGAGUGGUGGGUGACGCUGAGAGAAAAGAUGGCUUCUAAUGCUCAGAUAUCAAAGGCUCUUGCACUUAGUACUGCUCUGCCAAUGAACUACUACACUGCAUUCCACCACAUUGCUGAGCUUUUGCCCAAAGACUGCAUCAUUGUGAGCGAAGGAGCCAACACGAUGGACAUAGGACGCACCAUGCUGCUCAACCGCUACCCCCGCCACAGAUUGGAUGCUGGAACAUUUGGCACUAUGGGAGUGGGACCAGGUUUUGCUGUUGCAGCUGCAGUACUGGAGAAAGCUCAGCAGACAGGCAAAAGAGUGGUGUGUGUGGAGGGAGACAGCGCUUUUGGCUUCUCUGGCAUGGAGGUUGAAACCAUGUGCAGAUAUAAACUACCAGUCAUCAUCAUCGUCAUCAACAAUAAUGGAAUCUAUAGUGGAGUGGAUGCAGCUACAUGGAAGGAGAUGGAGAAGAUGGGAGACAUGACCACUAUAGCCCCUCCAGUUACUCUUCUCCCAGAGGCACGGUAUGAGCAGGUGAUGUCUGCGUUCGGAGGCCGUGGGUAUUUGGUACGGACAGCGGAGGAACUUCGCAGUGCUCUACAGCAAAGCUUGAGAGACACAGACAACCCAAGCCUGCUCAAUGUGCUGAUAGACCCGGCCUCUGAUCGUAAGCAACAGGAGUUCCCUUGGCUGACUCGUUCCAAUCUGUAACUGAGUUAGGAGAGGCAUUAAGCCAGAACACUUUGCCAUCCAUCACUCUCCGUCUCUGCCCUUCCAGCAAGUGAUCAGCUUUUUCAAUACUAACGACUGGUCAGUGCUUCAGCAGUGCCUUACCAGUUUCAGUUCGUUCUGUUUUAAUUUUCAAUCUACUUACUUGAUGAUGGCAACUUGUAAUUUAGUGUAUUAAUUUCAUUAAAUGGUGCCACAUCGUGCACACGCACUAUGGUUCAAAUGUUUGAAAUCUUUUUUUUUAUAUAAUAAAAAAUCAAAACAUUUGUUGCAUUUGCAUCAAUUCUACUGCUGCAUAUAUUAAAUGUUUCUAAGCUGGAUUUCUGUAAAUGAUGUGCCUUAGAUGAUGAACAGAACUAUAGGUAAGACAUAAACAUGAUGUUUGUAUUUAAUUACUUGUUUUGUUUAAACAUUUAAAAAGUAUUGUAAAUAAUUACUUGUUGUAUAUAAUUUCAUGUAAUUAACUACUAAAUAAAACUAAAAUACA